AUGGCUGCACCAAACGCCUUCUACACCAUGCGCCCUGUCAUUCCCCAAACUCGCUCCGAUACAUCUUCGCGCGUAACCAUCAAGAAUAUUCCUUUGGGGGUGACAGAGGCUCAGCUGAAGGCGAAUUUAUCGAAGCACGGCGAUAUCCGCGUUCAUAUGUUUGUUCCUGCAACAGAAUAUGGCUUAGGCUGGGCCUGGGUGACCUGUGAAAAACACGAAGAUGUUGAAAAGAUGUUAGCAUAUGCAGCAGAAAAGAGAGAGAAAGAAGCGGCUGCACUAAGAGAGAGCGCCCAAGAAAGCGUGCAAGCAAAGAAGGACAACGAUGGUGCAUCAGAUGCAGCAGAAGCAGCAGAUGCAGCAGCAGAGACAUCUGCUGAUGAUGCUAAGAGCAGCGAAUGCUCUGAGGAAGUGCUAGCAGCAGCAGAGGUUCAUUGA